AUGAAGUCUCGACCAGCGAUUUGUCUGCUGCUCGUGUGCUUAGCCUGUCAGUGCUUGAUCGACGCCCGCGAGAUCGGCCAGGAUUACGAUGAUCUAGCCGUGGCUGCUUCCCAUCAUCACGAACAUCACGAGCACGGAGGUGGAGAGGAGCACCACUCGGACCACCAUCACAAGCACGGUGAUCACGGCGAGAAAGGCUACAAAUCGUCGCACCAUCACGAGAAAGGUGACAAAGGACACCACGACAAGGACGAGCACAAGGGCCAUUACGACGAAGAGGAUGGACACAAGAAGAGCCAUCAUCACGACGAUGGUUAUUACGGUGAGCACCACAAGGGUGAGAAAGGGGAGAAGGGUCACAAGUUCCACGAGGAGGGUCACUAUGGCAAAGGACACAAGACCAAGGGUCAUCACGAGGUUCACAAGUUAGACGAGUUCAAGAAGGACAAGGAGUUCUUCGACGAACACCAUGACUCCGGACACCACGAGGACCACGGUGGACAUCACCACGAACACGAGCACAAGAAGGGUGGACACUUCAAGAAAGGACAUCAUCAUCACGGAGGUCACGAGGAUCAUUACGGUAAAAAGGGACACCAUGAGAAAGGACAUCAUCAUCACGAUCACAAGGGCCACAAGAGCGAGGGUGGACACGACGAGCAUCAUCAUCAUCAUUCUCACCAUGGCAAGAAAGGAGGACACGAUGACCACAAAUCGUGGGGCUUUAAGAAGGGUCAUUAA